CUCUUGUGCACCGUGAAGAAGGGCGUCGAUUAGGUUGUCCUUGUUGAUGACAUCGCAGCGAGAGCAUGGACGAAAUGCCGAGUGCACACGGUUCCACGAUGCACGGUUGUCAUGGACGACGCCGCAGCUACCACAUAAAAAUGGGUCGAGCUCCAGCUCGCCGGACUUGGCCUCCGGCGCGACCUCCUCUGCUGCUGAGUCCGGCACGAGCUCGAAGGAGUCCAGCGUGAGCUCGAAGGAGUCCAGCGCGACCUGCUCUGCUGCUGAGUCCAGCGCGAGCUCGAAGGAGUCCAGCACGAGCUCGAAGGAGUCCAGCGCGGAUUCAGAGUCGGAGUCCAUGGCGAGGCGCGAGCAAGGAAAGCGAAUGCGAGACGCGAGCAAGGCGAAGCGAAUGCGAGACGCGAGCAGAGUCGUGCGGUGUUUGCAUGUCAGGCGCGCGGUGCUUGCAUGUUUGGCGUGGGCGUUAAUACAUCACGUUGGUUUCCUUGCAUCGUGCGGUGUUUGCAUGCGAGACAGAGUAAUAAUGCAUGGCGUGCGGUGUUAA